AUGGCAGUGCAAACGAAGGCCAAUACGGUGCUCGAGGCCUCUGCCGGUGCCCCUGGGGAGACUGCCACUGCUACCGCAGACGCACAGAAUGAACCCACCGGCAUUACAUCUCCUGAUGUGACGAAUUAUGAGGAGCAAGAAGAACCGCAGAGAGAGGUUGCCGCUCAUGGUAGCGAUGUCGACCAUUGUACAGAAACCAAAAGGGCCUGGAUAGGGUACCGCUUGGAGUAUCGCAAUCGCUGGACUGGAGACUUGAUCUCGGAGAGAACGUACGAAAAAGGCAACGAACCAUUGGAGCAGGAGACGGGAGGGCCGAUAUUCGAGAUGAUCACGUUGUACAAAGUCUCAACGCACUCACUGGACCCAGCCGCUUCGAUGCCCAUCACCUCCCAGGCGUUGCCGACUCGCCACAUCCGCAUUUACUCAAUAGCCAUCAUCAAUGCCUUGCAGUCAGUGGUACGAUACUACCCCGGUCAGGACUUUUCUGGAGAGUCCGUCGUCGUCCAGAAGCCGUAUCCGGUCUUGGUCCAUUACUACGACGAGCUGCAGCAAUUCCGACGGGACUGUUUGGAGAAGGCCCCGCACGAUCUCUGCGAUCGGGAGAGAGAUGCCGCCGAGCAUCUCGAGGUUCUCCUCGCCUUCCUGGACGAGGAGGUCAUGUGGGAAGUGAAGCAGGAGCAGGAGCGCAACCGGAGGGGGUUCGCGACGUUCGAAUGGCGGUGGGUGGCAUACAAACCCGGCAUCACCGUCUUGGACAAGACCGACACGGGCGAGUGGCAGGCAUCCGUGGUCCACUCCAUAUCAGGGGGCGUGUUCGAGAACCCACCCAAGGACUGGGAGGUCAAGCUGUGGUGCAUGGACUAUGACGGCGAGAACAUCGAACGCAUCUGGUCGAGUCCGGUGACGUGGUCCAAGUUCGACGGCGAACGCAGCGAUUCCAAGACCGGCCGCGAAACCAAGUUCUUCGACCCUACCCUCGACGAGUCAUACCUCGACGUCGACGUUGUAGUCAAGCUGGUUGAGACUGGCAAGAAGUUCUGCUCCAUGGUUCAGAAACAAUGCUUCCACCACAAAGGCAAGGCAGCUUGCUUCCCCUUCAACGAGAUUGAAGGAUUGGCGAUGGUCGAUCUCGAUAGCUACUACAUCAUGUGUCCAGAUGGUAUCCCGCCGAUUGUCGGGACGGACGACUUGCGAAACUGGUCGACAGAAUGUACUUGCGAGAUUUGCCAAACUCGAAAACAGCGCCUCGACCGGAAGAUUGCCCCUUUGUUCAGCACAUUCGGCCAUAAGGAUAUAGAGACUGGGUUGACCGACCAUGAAUCUCUCCUCUUGCCCUCGACCGUUGUGACUUAUGUGUUCCGAACGCGGACAUGGGAAUACGUCCACGUCAAGAAUCUCCACCCGCCCCAGUUCGACGAUGAUAUGAUCAGCCACCUGGUGAUGAGCGAGCAGCGCCUCAAGACGCUCAAAGCGCUGUCCAAGAGCUACGCCAGGGUCAACCAGCACGGAGAAGGAAUGAAAAACUCGAAAUGGAGCGCAGACUUCGUCCGGGGAAAAGGAAAUGGCUUGAUUUUUCUUUUGCAUGGCAAACCAGGGGUUGGCAAAACCUGCACAGCUGAGUGCAUCGCCGAGUUCACCCGUCGCCCUCUGAUGAUAUUGACAAGCAGCGACAUCGGGACGGACCCUAAGCAAGUCGAGCACAAUCUCACCUCCAACUUCAAGAGGGCGAUGAGCUGGGGCGCUGUGCUACUGAUCGAUGAAGCAGAUGUCUUCAUGGAGAGGCGGACCACGUCAGAUCUCACGCGCAACAGUUUAGUUGCUGGGUUUCUGCGUGCUCUUGAGUUCUACGACGGGAUUCUGUUUCUUACAACAAACCGAGUCGGGUCGUUCGACGACGCCUUCAUCUCCCGCAUCCACGUGCAGCUCUAUUACCCCGACUUCACGGAAGAUGAGCGGCAACGCGUGUGGCAAACCUUCAUCGAUAAGCUCAGCCGCGAGAGGGGAGACACCAUGCGCAUGACCAUUGACGCCAAGGAGUACAUCGCCUCGACCAGAAAGCAAGGGAUCAACUGGAACGGCAGAGAGAUCCGGAACGCGUUCCAAACAGCCGUGGCACUCGCCGAAUAUGACGCGGAGAAGGACAGCGAAGGGAAGAUCAUGGUGACGGACAACCACCUCCGGGCCGUGGUUGAGCUGUCAAAAGAUUUCAAGGGAUACCUGACCGACCUCCAUCGGCGAGAUGAAGAGAGAAGGGCCGAGGAUCGAUAUGAGAGGUUGGCCACUUACCACGGCGACAAGCCGUGA